AUGACUUCUGUCCCUGCAGCCAACGGGAGCACCAACGCAAGCGGCUGGUGGGAUGUGAGCCUGGCCAAGCCGGGUGAUCUCUGGGGACAGGCACAGGGAGCUCUAGCUGCGAGUGCUUCUCCCCCUGCAGCAUCCUCAGCAGCCAACUUCUCCAACCAGUUUGUGCAGCCCUCUUGGCGCAUUGCCCUGUGGUCUCUGGCAUACGGUGGGGUGGUGGCAGUGGCUGUCUUUGGAAAUCUCAUCGUCAUCUGGAUCAUUCUAGCUCACAAGCGUAUGAGGACAGUGACCAACUACUUCUUGGUGAACCUGGCCUUCUCAGAUGCCUCUAUGGCUGCUUUCAAUACUGUCAUCAACUUCGUCUAUGCACUGCAUAGCGAGUGGUACUUUGGAGAGGCUUACUGCCGCUUCCACAACUUCUUCCCUAUCACAGCUGUCUUUGCCAGCAUCUACUCCAUGACGGCGAUUGCAGUGGACAGGUACAUGGCCAUCACUGAUCCCCUGAAGCCCAGGCUCUCUGCAACUGCUACUAAGGUGGUCAUUGGAAGCAUAUGGAUUUUGGCUAUCCUGCUGGCCUUUCCCCAGUGCCUCUACUCCAUAACCAAGGUGAUGCCUGGGAGAACUCUUUGCUAUGUAGCAUGGCCAGGUGGUCCAAAACACCAUUUUACGUAUCAUGUCAUUGUGAUCAUACUGGUCUACUGCUUUCCACUGCUUGUCAUGGGCAUCACGUACAGCAUAGUGGGAAUUACGCUCUGGGGAGGAGAAAUCCCAGGCGACACAUCUGACAAAUACCAUGAGCAGCUCAAAGCUAAGAGAAAG